GCACUGUACCAGGAUGUCUGGAAAGCAAACCAUUUUCCUCACGGGUGCGACGGGCUACAUUGGUGGAUCUGUCCUCUGGCGUCUCCUCAACCACAAGGACGCGAAGAACUUCCAUUUUAAAGUGCUCGUCCGCGAUCCAGCAAAGGCAAAACUACUUCAGGAAAAGUUCGGUGUAGAGGCGGUCGUUGGAAGCCACUCGGAUGCUGACAAGGUUGAGACACUCGCACAUGAGGCGGACUGUGUCAUCACUACAGCGGAUGUGGACGAUCUCGGCGCAGCGAAAGCCACUCUUCGUGGAAUGAGGAAGUACCAUGAGAAGAACGGGAAGGUACCAAUCUAUAUUCAUACUUCCGGGACGGGUGUUCUUGCCGACAAUGCUGCCGGAAUGUAUGCAACUGAGAAGAUAUACGAUGACUCCAAGGUCGAGGAUAUCGAGUCUCUCGAUCCAAAGACGCAAAUUCACCGUGAGGUCGACAUAGAAGUCGUGUCGGCCGAUCAAGCAGGUCGUUAUGUCAGGACCUAUAUCAUUCUCCCAUGCACAAUCUACGGGAUAGCGAAGAAUGGACUUACAGAGGCGGGAAUUCAGAAUCCACACUCGAUCCAAGUCCCUGCUCUGAUUCGCGCAAGUAUCGAUCGCGGACAAGGAGGUAUGGUCGGUCUGGGCAAGAAUAAAUGGCCAAACGUACAUAUUGAUGACGUUGCCGACUUGUACAUUGUCCUGUUCGAUAAGAUCCGUGCGGACGUAAACAGUAUCCCUCAUGGUCGUGAGGGCUUCUAUUUCGGUGCUUCAGGCGAGCACGACCUGUACGAAGUUGGUAAGGCAGUCGCUCAGGCCCUUGUUGAACUUGGACGAGGCAAGAGCCCGGAGCCGACAACGUUUACUAAGGAAGAGAUUGAUAAAUAUUUCGGAGGUUCUCCUUACCUAGGAUCAAAUUCACGUUGCAUCCCUAACCGAUCGCUUGCACUUGGUUGGAAACCGGUACAUACAACGAAAGAUUUCCUCGCGUCGAUUAAGCCAGAAAUUGAGGCACUCAUUGCGUCAGGGAGACAUAAGCAGGGAAACGAGAAGCUGUAGUAACUAAGGAACUCAUGUGUACAUCAUGCCAGAAGCAAUAAAUGAAAUGCGCAGUUUGGCCAAUGAAUAACCG